AUGGCGAAUAAUCUUAAACCCACACGACAGAAGCUACACAAGUAUUUCGCAAAGUCGAGGCAUUCUGCCUCCGAGAGCGAGUUGGCAGACUGGAAUGCAAACGACGACUUAAGCUCGUUUUUCAACACGGGCAGCAUGCAGAUGGGAACCUUGGCCAAUCCUGAGGUGCCCAUUUCGCCCGUCGUCGUCAAAGACUCGAGGUAUAAGCCAUCGCUGGUGGCCCCAACAGUCGCCAUCAAACCAAGAAACGAGCCGAAACACGGAAAAAAGUUCCAACUUCACUAUGAGCCCGAACCAUUCGUUUUCGAUUCCUUUCUCGCAGCUCCUCAACAGGCGCCGCCUCCUCCACCACCGAUACCUCAACCAGAUCGACUUCCUCCGCCUCCUCCUCUUUCUCCCCUUCCCGAAUUUCCACAGCCACCAGAACUACCAUCUUUCUUGGAGCCGCCGCAGCCUCGUGUACGAAGAGCGCCUUCAGUCAAAAGACCUAGGCCCGCCUCAGGUAUUCGAAGAGCCAAGACCCCGGUUCGCAAGAUUGGGCAACUCGAAAUGGCGGCCGCAAAGAAGCGUCAAGAAGCCGCCAUCAACAGACAGUCUAGUGUUCGCACUAUCGCACGGCAAUACCGUACAUUGAUCGACAAGACGAACAUCCCGGACGUUCCCUCCGUCCCAUCCAUCCACCGCAAGCCCUUGCCUAACUCUGCAGCACCGCGUAUAAACCAAUUCACAAGCAACGACGGGCCUAUUCCACGUCUGUCAAUAAUUGAACCUCGAUCCGGAGGCUCUCUAGACGAACCGAAACCCCGGUGCGAAUUAGCUCCAUGGCCUGAAUCAGACGCCGAUACACUGGUGUCAUCCCCGGACAUCUCGCCAUAUGUAAAGCCACUGGAAUUUUCGUCCCCUCCGACGCCACCCGCCGAGAACGGCCGCUGCGAGGAUGACCAUUACGAGGACGACGACUACAUUAAAUCGCCAGACACAGAGACGUUGCGGUUCCAGAUUGGUUUCGAAAUGUUGACAAGGGAGCUAUCCAGCGGCUUUGCGGACCGUUCAUCUCGCGCGGGGAGAGGCGCGUCUGGUCUCCAGAUUUGGGUCAUGAUCGAGGCAUAUGAGAAACUAAGAGAUGAAAUUUCUUCAAUGGAGACGCAGGAUCCUGAACUUCAGUGUGCGCGGGCCAUGUUUGAUUCGUGGUUGGCUGCCUUGAGAGCAAUUCAGAAGACGAUUGCGAAUGAGGGGGCGGAGAGUGACAGUGAGUACGGUGAUGAUGAUGAGUAG